AGGUGGGCAGGACCCGGAAAUGAGGGCGUGCGAGGCCUCUCUGGAAGUUGUCCCGGGUGUUCGCCGCUGGAGCUCCGGGUCGAGAGGACGAGGUGCGGCGGCCGCCGGCUCCCGGAGCCCAGCCCUUUCUUAGCCCCAGCCCAGUCGCAGCUGCCGACUCGUGUCCCUGCCGCACACCCCAGCGUUACCAUGAAUCUUGCCGUCUUCCUCUCUGCAUCCGACCUCAGAUGCUCCCUGCUGCUUCUGGUGACUUGGAUUUUUACACCUGUAACAGCUGAAAUAACAAGUCUUGAUACAGAGAACAUAGAUGAAAUUUUAAAUAAUGCUGAUGUUGCUUUAGUCAAUUUUUAUGCUGACUGGUGUCGUUUCAGCCAGAUGUUGCAUCCAAUUUUUGAGGAAGCAUCUGAUGUCAUUAAGGAAGAAUAUCCGGAUAAAAAUCAAGUAGUGUUUGCCAGAGUUGAUUGUGAUCAGCACUCUGAUAUAGCCCAGAGAUACAGGAUAAGCAAAUAUCCAACCCUAAAAUUGUUUCGCAAUGGGAUGAUGAUGAAGAGAGAAUACAGGGGUCAGCGAUCAGUAAAAGCACUUGCAGAUUACAUCAGGCAACAGAAAAGUAACCCCAUUCAGGAAAUUCAGAGCUUAGAAGAAAUCACCACUCUUGAUCGUAGUAAAAGAAAUAUCAUUGGAUAUUUUGAGCAAAAGGAUUCAGACAAUUACAGAGUUUUUGAAAGGGUAGCCAGCAUUUUGCAUGAUGACUGUGCCUUUCUUUCUGCGUUUGGAGAUGUUUCAAAACCAGAAAGAUACAGUGGAGACAACAUAAUCUACAAACCACCAGGGCGUUCUGCUCCUGAUAUGGUGUACUUGGGAUCUAUGGCAAAUUUUGACCUGACUUACAACUGGAUUCAAGAUAAAUGUGUCCCUCUUGUCCGAGAAAUAACAUUUGAAAAUGGAGAGGAAUUGACAGAAGAAGGACUGCCUUUUCUCAUACUCUUCCACAUGAAAGAGGAUACAGAAAGUUUAGAACUAUUCCAGAAUGAAGUAGCCCGGCAAUUAAUAAGUGAAAAAGGUACAAUAAACUUUUUGCAUGCAGACUGUGACAAAUUUAGACAUCCUCUUCUACAUAUACAGAAAACUCCAUCAGAUUGCCCUGUAAUAGCUAUUGACAGCUUUAGGCAUAUGUAUGUUUUUGGAGACUUUAAGGACGUAUUAAUUCCUGGAAAGCUCAAACAGUUUGUAUUUGACUUACAUUCUGGGAAAUUGCAUAGAGAAUUCCAUCAUGGACCUGACCCAACUGAUACAGCCCCAGGAGAGCAAGACCAAGAUGUAGCAAGCAGUCCUCCAGAAAGCUCCUUCCAGAAACUAGCACCCAGCGAAUAUCGGUAUACUUUAUUGAGGGAUCGAGAUGAGCUUUAAAAACUUGAACAAACAACUUGCAAGCCUUUCAACAGCAGCAUCAACUUAUGUGGUGGAAAUAGUAAACCUAUAUUUUCAUAAUUCUAUGUGUAUUUUUAUUUUGAAUAAACUGAAAGAAGUUUUGGGUUUUUAAUUUUCUUUUCCUCCCCCCGACUCAAAAUGCAUUGUCAUUUGAUAUAGCCUCUCUUUAAAAAAAAAGCUUGUUAGGGUUAACCAAAUAAAAAUCAGAGGCCUAUCUUCACUUUAAAUCUGUCCUGUACAAUUUUUAUAAUUCAAGUGAAAGGUGACAUUGCCAGAAACAUGCCAUUAACUUGCAGUACUAGAGUAGGGAGAUGUAGGGAUGUUGCCUGUGUAGUUUGUCCUUUUCUUUCUUUACUUUUUUUUUUUUCUUUUACCACAUUUCUGAAAGCUAAGGGGGUAUAUAUAUUCUGGAGACUUGGGUGGGGAAUAAAUUUAAAUUUUCACACUGGUACUGUGUUGUACUGUGUGGUUUAGUAUUCCUUAUGAAAAUUCCAUAGUGGUACUUUCUGGAUCUUAAUGUAUGACUUAAACAUACUAUGAAGAGGAGAGCCAUAAGCCAGAACAUUUGGCAGAAACUGUCCUUAUGAAUUAAGAAAGAGAAAUGAAAGUAUUAUUAAAUUUCUAUGUGUUUGUCUAAGAAAGUGGCGUAUGGAUAGCAUUUAAAACUUUGAAUGAAUCCUAAAUAAGGGGAAAGGAGAUAGUAGAGGAACAGGUUACUAAUAUUGAACUAGGUAAGUUUUAAGGCUCCUCCAAUCAUGAGACUUCAGUUUUCAAAAAGGAAAAAUUUAUAGACAAAUUAUAUUUCAAUCAUUGUUAGCCUCCUUCUGUCUUAUGUAGAGUUUUGUUUUAUAGUUUAAAAGUAAAGACAAUAGGAACUAAUGUAUAUUUUCCCCAUUGUAAAUUGUUAGAGGACCCUCCCCAUCUAGCUUCCCUGAUUUCCCAGGCCUGCGGUGUAUAGUUGGUCUCUGUGCCAGGCCUCAAUACUGCCAGGAUUAAAAGUAGAAGGAGAGGAUCCUCAGUGUCAUAUCAGGAAUCCCAAUGCCAGAGGACAGACAGGCUCAAAAUUGGCUUUCCUCUGAGCCUGGGCGGUGCUAUCGGCUAAGGGUCAUUUUAUACGUGGGAUAUAAAUCAAUCUCAGUUUGGGGUAAUAAUAUUUUUAAGCUUAAAAGGUUGGCAUGUGCCAUUACAUGUAAUAUGUAAUAUAUGUAACAUCUUCCAAUCCUUUUAAAAUAAACUGAAUAUUUAUAAUGGAUAUUUAAUAAUGGUUAUUUUAAAAAAUCAGCCUCUAAUUCUUAAUUAUGCAUGUCUUUAUCCAUAGUUUCUAUAGCUUUAUUCAGAACAUUAAAUGUUAAUAAAGUGAUAGGGGCAUGUUUAAAGUGAUAGGGGCAUGUUUAGAAUGUUUUACCAGACUCACGACAAAAUGGGCCAGAGCUUUAUAGAGGUUGGGCCUUAGUUCUGUUGCUUCAUUGCUUCUCGUCAAUAACUUGAAUCAGUUGUGGUCUUCAGGUCAGAAGAUGGACCAACCCUGAACAGUCAGAAUGAAAAUCCCAUUUCCAACAAGCUCACACACAAAAUAAGAGGAGUAAAUGCAGUCAGUUGGAAUAAAUUUGUAAUCCUAUAAUUAGGUUUGAAAAAAUAUUAAAGGUAACACUGAAGUAUUAGUUUGCACAAUGCUGGCUUACAGGUAGUUAUUAGAAAAAAGGCCUCAAGGAGGACAUCUUCAGCAUGAUCUAAAAUAACAAAGAGGUUUUAAAAAUGAGUGGGUUUGAGGAUGCACUGUGUAGCAUCAGUGCAUACUGAGACUUGGACUUUAGCCCUACCACUGUCCUUGGCUUCUUUAUAUGUGAAGACAUUGAGGACAGUGCUUCUGUUUUUACAUUGCCUGGCUUUUCUGGACGUCAGUUGUCGUCACCAGGUAUUUAUUGAUUGAAUGCAAAACAAAGUGAUCUUGUAUGAUGUUUGUAUUCUGGGGGUGCUCAGCACUCAUUGGGACUUGAUGCUUGGUUUUAUAAAGGCCUGGAAAGUCCAAGUACACGCCAUGCAAGGCAGCUUGGGAUAAUAAGAGGCUUUAAAACAUAGUAUUAAGGCUGUAUCACAUGGAGAAGACUUGGGUCUGAGAGCAGUCUAGAUAUUUGAAGGGUUGGUAUUAUGUCUGGAUCCCAGGGAUUAAACCAGCACUGGGGGAAGUCAUAGGGAAGCAGAUUUCAUCUAACAUUUAUUUAAGGCAAGGGUUUUGGUGCUAUAACUUCUGACCUAGAGUUGCUUAUAGUUUUGUCAGGCAGGUGGCUAUGUAAACAAAUGUUACAGAUGUAAAGGUAGGAGGAAAUGGAGGUAAAUGUGGCUGGCAUAAAGAAGCACCGAGUUCCAAAGCUUUUUUUGAGGUUAUUUUUAAAAGGUGAAUAGACAUUCUUCAGGUGGUAGAGAAUUUGGGUGAAUGGAAUGCUAUGAAGGAAAUUAGGAAACUGUAUUUGGGAGACUGGGGGAAUGAGAAAGAUGGUUAAGAGAAAGAAAAGGAGCUGGUCCCUCGAGGCCUGACUCAGCAGUUCACGCUGUACUGGAGAUGUGUUAGCAGUCCUUCAGCUGGGCAGUGUAUUCAUAUGUAAGACUGAGAGAUGAUACUACCAAAGCAGGUCUUUCACCUGCAGACCACCCUCUGAACCAGUGUUACAGUAGAAGUUGCCUAGGUCACUUUUCUGCUUCUCCGCCAGCUCCUUUCUCCAGUGUUGCUAACUUUUUCAGGUAUGGAAGGGACCAAAGAAAAAGGUGAAAACAUUCUUCAGAGAGCAUUCUAUAAAAAUGUUAAAGUGAAAUGAACCUGAGAGGACAGUGGAGACUAGGCCCCAAAGUGUGUCACAGAGAGCUGGCUGACAAGUCCAGUUGCCAGCUCAUGUUCAGGAGGAGCUGGCAUAAUGAGUGCUUAAAAAGGCACAAAAAGCAAAGCAGUGUUUGUUUGACAUGUUAAAGCCCAGAUUGAACCCGAGUUUAUACGAAAUGCUCAAGUUGCCAGGAGAGCUUUUGAAUCAAGGUAAAAAAGAAUGGAUAAGGCAGUGUGAUGGGUUGACAGUCAGAAGAAGCUUUUUCUCUGAUGGAGAUACAGUCUGCUUGUCCAAAAAUAAAAUGAUAUAAAACUGAAGAAGAAUGAACAUCUUGCCACCAUAAAUUAUUUCAAGGCUGCUAGACCCAUGCUUCUGUAUCUCACAGAGUUACUAGAAGUUACAAGUGAUUUCUGUUAACAACUAUUGGGAAUUUUCGAGAAACCAGAGAUGAAAAGGUUGCUUAAUACUGGAAAUGGACAAAAUAAUCCAGUUUUCAAAAUGGUUGCAAUUAAUGGCUUUAGCUAAUUUCUUUCUAAAUAAAACCCCACAAGCCAAACUGAAGUGCUCAGUCUGUGUUUGGGGGAGAUUUAUAUAGUACAAAGAACAAAACAAUUAUAAGGUUUUCAAGCCAAUAUUUCCAGAACCUAGUGAUAAGUUGUUACAGGACUUAACAUUGUUUAAUGCUGAUUUAAUUGAUUUGUGUUCAUUAAAAUAGGUUGGAUAGGACCUCUGCUUAGCAACUGUUUUUUAGCUGUGUUUGAAUUUUUUGUAUGUAUUUCCAAGUAAUAAAACUAUAUUUAUAAAAUA